UCCCCAAAAUCUAAAAUAAAAUCCCCCACCCAAAAACCCACGAAGGAGACAACAAGCGCAGCCAGAGCAGCAAGCCACCCUCCCCCUCCUCCGCCCGCUCGCUUCCCCUCAUGGAGCCGCUGCCGUCGGCGACGGCCGCCGGCGUGGGGGGCCCCGGCCCUGGGCCCGGGUACCCGGAGUCCACGGAGUCUUCUCCGCGCAGCCGGGGUGGGGAUUCGUGGGACGAGCCGUUCCCGUCCUCCGCGGCGGCGGCGGCCGCGGCUGCCGGCGGCGGUGGGGGCCGGCUCCGCCUGAUGUGCAGCUUCGGGGGCCGGAUCGUCCCGCGCCCCACCGACAAGUCGCUCUGCUACCUCGGCGGGGAGACCCGGAUCGUGGCCGUCGACCGGCACGCGUCGCUCGCCGACGUCCACGCGCGCCUCUCGCGGUCGCUGCUUGGCGGCCGCCCCUUCACGCUCAAGUAUCAGCUGCCCAACGAGGACCUCGACUCCCUCAUCUCCGUCUCUACGGACGAGGACCUCGACAACCUCGUCGACGAGUACGACCGCAUCGCCGCGACCUCCUCCGGUGGGGGAUCCUCGCGCACCUCCCGGAUCCGCCUCUUCCUCUUCCCCGCCAAGCCCGAGUCCUCGUCCUCGCUCGGCUCCCUCCUCGACGACUCUUCCAAGUCGGAGAACUGGUUCGUCGACGCCCUCAACAGCGCCAUCUCCGGCUCCCUCGACGGCAUCCCGAGGGGGAUCUCCACCGAUUCAGCUUCCGUCAACUGUCUUCUCGGCCUCGAGGACGACUCCUCCGUGCACUCCCGCAGCGGCGUGACCAACUCGGCUCCCACGGAGGACCAGCGCGCCAGCCAGCCCAAGCUGCCGGUGGGCGCCACCGCCGCCGUCGCUGCCGCCGCCGGUGCCGGGAGGCACCUGCACGACGUCCAGUCUGUGCCAGACUCGCCGAUGCUGGAUAAGAACUCCUCGUUCGGGUCAACCUCCUCGGCACCAUCGCUAUCGAAUCUUCCGCCUAUACGCGUGCGGCCGGAGGACCGCCCGUCGGACGCCCGCAUCAUGCAACCUGCCGCCGUGGAGGAUCACUUCGCGCAGAUGGGGAUCUCCGAGCAGCAGCUGCCGCCAUACAUACAACCUCAACAGCAGGUGCCGAUCCCUGCCAUGGCCGGCAUGUCGCCCUCUGAGGCGUCCAGCAGAGUGUUCUCUGACGAUGAUAAGUCCGAUCACGGUGGCGGAGGUCGGAAACCACAACCUAUGAAGCAGGAGGUCCCGCCGGCUGUUGAUCCCAGCAAUAGAGCCGUCUACUAUAACGAUAGAUCUCCUCCCGCCGACUUGAAACGAGACAUGCCUGUGGGAACGGAAGCUGCCAGCUACCGCCUCCCUGGAUCAGCUCCGGACGCUGCUGCAGCUGCCGCGGCAACACAGGUCCCACCUGGAUAUGUCCUUACCCAGAUGCAUGUGCCUCAGCCACCGCAGCAACAUCCACCACCACAGCAGCAACAGCAACCACAACAACCAGCUCCUCAGCAGAUUGUUUCUGCUGGAAAUCAGCAUUUCAUCCACAACCCUGCCACUGGCACCUUCAUUCCAAUCCAGUCCUAUUACCACCAUCCUGUUCCUCAGCAGGCACCCCAGACUGUGCCGAGGCCGCAACAGGCACCUACAUUCGACCCAAAUACGGGGAUGUAUUACCUUCCUAUGCAGCAGAAUGCACAUCAGCCAUAUAGCAUGCCUCCUGGUGCACAAGUCACUUUGCCACCUCCCACACUUGUUGACACAACGCCAAAGCCGACCGUGCCAAUUCCUCAGAUGGCUGUAAGGCCUGAAUUACAACAACCUGGUGUUUAUCGAACAACAGCUGCCGCUACGCCUGCUCCAGCGCCUAAUGCAGCACCUGGAUAUGCUGGGAUGGCAUACCACCAUGUCAUUCAAUCGCACCACCACCCCUCACCACAGCCUGUUGCAAACAUGGGUGGCAACUUUGGAUAUGAGUAUGCUGAUCCUACGCGCCCACAAGUCUACUACUCACAAGCAGCUGCACCUCCAACAUUGCCACCUCAGUAUCAGCCCAUGGUCUCUCCUGAUGCCGGACAGGCAGAAAAACAUUAAGCAGAACUGUGCCUCAGAUCGAGGAUUGGUGAAUUCGGGUAUGUUGCAAAUUCUACAGGCGUAGUUAUCCAUCUAUUAUCAUUAUUGUUGCUACUGCAUGUUUACAUGAGAGUCUGUGGCAAAGAGUGGAAGGUGUUGCAACUGUGCAUUCGGGAUCAAAACAAGUAAAACAAGUAUGCAUCCAAGGAUGGGUUCAAAAUAGGAUUUUAAUUGGAUGGUUCUUGUGUUGGUGAGACAGAAGGGUGACCAUGUUGGGUUAGAUUGGGGGGAGUGAAGUGUUGGAACCCUGUUCCAAUUGGUCUUUUUUUCUUCUUCUUAUUUUGAAUAAAAUAUAUAGUGUCCAAAAGAACCUGGCGAAAACGAAGAACUCAUCAUUUGUGUAGCCCUCUGUAUAUUUGAUCUCAUGGUUGUCAUUCAGGUUGAGGUGCAGAUAAGUGUGUUAUUAGCUUGCUUGUAGAAACCUUAUUCGAGUUAAAUAUAUACAUCGGUCCGGUUUUUGUACUUUGAUAUUGAUGUUGAUAUGUUUGUUUUGGUUUAA